UCUCCCCGUCGUUUUGCCUUCUCAAUUCCCGAAACUCCGAGUGCUAAAAAAAAAAAAAAUUCCCGAAACUCCGACGACUCCCGCAAAAUCCGCCAAACACCAGCGCCGCCGCAGGCAUCAACCGGCGAGGAUCCCAUGACGCCGGCGCACGACUCCCGCAAGCGCGGCCCGCCGGUUCCACCUCCACCCGCGGCCCGCCCCGCCCCGCCCGUCAAGCUCCUGCCGCCGGGCUUCGUCGCCGACCGCGCGGAGGCCGCGGUGCGCGUGGAGCGCCUGCUGCGCUACCAGUUCCGCGACCGCGCCCUCCUCGAGGAGGCGCUCACGCACCAAUCCUUCUCCGACGCCGUGGCCUCCUACCAGCGGCUCGAGUUCGUCGGGGACGCCGCGCUCGGGCUCGCCGUCACCAACUUUCUCUACCUAACUAAUCCCACCCUCGGCCCCGGCGCGUUAUCCACGCUCCGCGCCGCUAACGUCUCAACCGAGAAACUCGCGCGCGUUGCCGUCCGCCACGAUCUCUACCCGCUGCUCCGCCGCAAGUGCGCCCGCCUCGAUCUUCUCGUAGGCCAGUUUAUUGAGUCAGUGAAGAUAGAACUAAAAGAUGACCUUGCCACUGCACCCUAUGGUGGGAGUUUUGUUAAAGCUCCCAAGGUGCUUGCGGAUAUUGUUGAGUCCAUUGCUGCUGCUGUCUACGUUGAUUGCAAAUUUGACCUUGAGAAGCUUUGGAAGGUUACAAGGUGGCUCUUUGAGCCAAUUAUCACGGCAGAAACCGUAGAUGAACAACCAGUGACUACAUUGCAUGAGUUAUGCCAGAAACAUGGAAAAGUUGCCCAGUUUGAGACAUGGCAGAGGGGUGGGAUGACAGUGGUAAAUGUAUUUGUUGGUGGGGAGAUGGUUGGGCUUGGCUCCUCGGAGCAGAAGGUAAUUGCUAAGCUCAAUGCCGCACGAAAUGCGUUAGCGAAGCUUGUCGGUGGUGCAAAGCAGCAAGUGUUGAUCACUGGGGUUGGCAAUGGAUCGGCGGAUGAGAUUGGGCAGCUCAGAGAGUGUAAACAUCAACUUGCUGAUCAGUGCAUUGGAAAGAAUUGGCCAGAGCCCAUCUUUAAGUUGGAAAAAGAAGGUGGCCCUGCACAUGAUAGGAAGUUUGUGUGCUCUGUUCAGGUAGAAACUCAAAAUGGCACUUUUGUUACGAUAGGUGACCCUAUGUCAAGGGUAAAAGAUGCAGAGAAUUCUGCUGCGCAGAAGAUGUUGGAAUUAUUGUUGCGGUUGUGAGAUCUUUUCAUGUACAUGACUAGAUCAUUUGUAAACUCCUUUGGAAAAAAACAUUUUAUUCAAGCAUACCCAUUAUAGCAGACCUA